GCAUGUCAUGAGAAAACGUAAAUAAAUAAAAAAGAUCUUCCUCGAGAACCACAUCCACAUACCAUCUCAACCGCCCUCUUCAGAUGAAGGAAUCCUACAUGAUCUCACACAUUAACCAGCUAUACUAGCAAACAAUAUUGUCAUGCCCUUUGGUCUAUUCGGUUCCGGUUCGAAGAUCCGGCAGGGUGUCGCGAAACGAUUGUGUUUUUUCUGUAACCAGUAUUGCUCUGCCGGCUUGACCUUUCGACCUGCGAUCAGAGGAUAUGAAUGGAAGUGCGAAAACUGCGAGGCGUUGAAUGUUAUUGAUGAGAAUGGCGAAAUCAUGGAUUACGUCCCUGAACAAAUCCCAGGCGAGUCCGUGGUAUUCACAAGACGAUCCCCCUCAAGCAACAACUCCUUUUCAGCAAACCAGCCCUUCUGCUCUCAAUGUCUCCUGAAUCACAGAAUAGUCGCCGAAGCGAUGGCGAACUUCCUUCCUUCCGAGUCAGAUCCUCGAUACGAAGACUACGCGCGCCGCGCGCCAGCGUACAAAGCCGAACUCGAAACUCGAUAUCCCCCCUACUGCGACGCGUGCCAUCAAAAAGUCGUCGAUCAGAUAAAGGAGAAUAACUAUAAAGCACGAUCACUGGUGCUCGGCGAUAUGUUGAAAAAACGAAGGCGGCAACCGAGAUCGGUGUCGACGUCCUCGGUCGAUCUCAGAAACGCCGCGAUCUUUGGCGAGGGUGAGGUCUUGGGUGACGGCAAGGUGCUGAAAUUUCGAUGGACGACGGCAAAGAGGAUUAAGGUCUUGGUUUGGAUGACAAGAGGGGCACUGUUAUUUACUCAUAUCCUGUUCUUUUCAAUUGUAUUUGCGAGUAAUAUUGCCUACCCUUCGAUUCUCCUGCGAGAGCUGGCCAAAGUCCAUGAUGCGGAAUACGACAUCUUCACUCUCGAAACCGCCCGCUCGAUAACCCAGACAAUAAUCUCUCUCUACCGCUACAUUGAGAACGAUCACUCCGUCGAUACUUCGACAAGUCCAGACGAAUUGGUCACAACUCUGGCUAUAAGACUAUUUGCGAUUGCUUCAAAGACAAUACCUAUAGGAGUCUUGUACUUCUUUUGGAAUUACAAGUACUUCUCCGCGCUGAGGUCUCCCGUACGAGUUCGGCUGGUCGGCGUCAAGGACUGCUAUAUUCUACAGGCCUGCCAAUUUUUACUCUUGCUAGAAUACUGGGCCGCGACAUACCUCCUUCCACGACUACACGACUGGAACGUUGGCGAGCGCGCUUUUGUGCUCCUCAGUGUAUUCUUCUUAUGGACCACACUCCUUAUUUCGACUUUUGGUUUCACAAUGGUCAAGAUUGUUCCCGUCAAAUCAGUUGUCGAAAUAGCGUCAGAGAGCCGGUCGGUGUCGCCUUCAUCAUCUGUGUCUUCAAACCCUACGGAAUCAUCGAGACCGAGCUCGCGGAUAGGUCAGCGACAGUUGACGGUGCAACCGGCAUCACGGCGGAAUAUCCCUGAAUACAGCUUUCCUCCGCGUGCCUCGAAACAGAAUCAAUACGGCGAACUCGUGGGGUUCAGCAAAGAUAUCGAAGGCGAGAUGGACUGGCGGCCUACCAUCACGGGAAAUUCAGUCACCACCACAAAUAACUGGAUGAGCGAGUCCGCUCCAGGUCUACCCAGUAUCCCGCAGCUUCCACCCGGGAGCUCAUUACCUCCACCCCCGAAUGGUGCCCGUUCCGCAUUCAUGCCGUUCGGAGACUCUUCGAACCAAAACCUGCGUCUUCAAGAACAACAAAAACAACAGCGAGACGUUAGCGCUUUUUUGCGCAACAGAAGCCCUCUCCCUAAUUCGCUCUUAUCCUCCACUAAUGACAGUACUUCAACAACCCUUGCGCCCCAGCGAUUCUUUCCUCUCGAGGAUCCGACGGGUCUGGAGGAUAUAUUUGCUCCAGCACUGAAACUGAGCGACGAACCGUUAUCCGCUUCUAGUCAAAGGAGAAGGGUCAGUCCCCGGCACAACGUGUUUGGAAAUGUGAUUGAGGAGACUGAUAACGAGACCGCAAGCGUACAGCAGAGAUGGAGUAAAUAUCUCGGCGAGUUUGUGGUGUGGAUCGCAAAGUCUGCUGCAGUGUGGGCGUUUCUGGCUGUGGGCAUCUACUGUUAUAAGAAGUAUGUGCGGCCGCCGCUGGACCAAGUCGUUAUAGCUGCGUAGGCAAUUGUAUAUUGCUGGUUUAGAGCUUUGUGUAUAUAGCUAUGAUACAUUUAAUAUCGUCCACAACAAUUGCCCUCUCCCUACUUGUUGAAAGCAGGCUAGUUUAGGUGUAGCUAGUACAUAUGGUCACAGUCAGUCAUCAUCGAGCAUCGAGUGUCUUCAGAUAAGUUUUCCAGCGAAGAGCUGUCUGCAGAACAAGCUAUUGGAAAAGAUACUCAAGAAUGAUCCUCGCUUAG